CACAGCAGGAGUUCUUGCUGCAUAUUUGCUUCUAACUUACUGCUUCCCUCUAUUUCUCCUUCUCCUCAAUCUGCUACUUGCUGUUGCUCUUCACUUUGCUUCACUUUCUUUCGUGAUGCUAGUUUUGCUUUCUUCUUGCUCUGGGCUACAGGAAAGUUCCGUACCAGUGCUGUGUCAGAGAAGCCCUUUGGUAGCUCUCCUGUUUUUCCUGUAGUUUCUCUGGCCACCAGCAUGGAGGGACCUUGGGUAGGCACCUGGAGACCUCAUCCCCGACGGGGCCCAAUCCUUGCAGAAUUCAGCACCCCAGGUCCUAAGUACUGGAUCCCUGGAACAACAGGUCAUAUGGCUCAUGAUCCCACCAAAGACCGAGCCCCUGCAUACUCAUUUCGAGGGACCAAAGCACCCUCUGCAGCAACCUGCUCACCAGGUCCUCAGUACUUCAUCGAAUCAUCCAUUACCAGGACAGGGAAGCAAGUGGCUCCAUUGGCACUUGUGACAGCACGUCCCAAGACCAAGAUUUUGGUCACCCCUGGACCCAGUGACUACACCACCGAUCCUGCCAACAAACACAUCUACUAUACCGCACCGAUGAAUAGCCUGGCGUCCCGACCCAAGGACUUAAAAGGUUUCCGAACACCAGGUCCUGACACCUACACCUUGCCCAGGAUUUUGGGACCAAACACAGCAUACACUCGUGCCGAACCAUGCUACUCCAUUAAAGGGAGGAGUCAAUACCAGAGCUGUUUUCAAGACAUAGCAAAGACGCCAGGUCCAGCGGCAUUUGACAAGGUGGAUAUAGACGUCUACAAAACCAGGGCUCCCAAGUACACAAUGGGACUAAAAACCAAACUUCCUGGCAAGGGAACGUUACCAGGUCCAGCAGAAUACAGCCUGGGAAAGUUGUCAGUGACCAAGGCCCGGGAUCCUGCCUUCUCUUUUGGAGUCCGGCACUCUCUCUACAAAGCUUCUUUAAUACCUGAAACACAUCUUGAUUAAAGACAGAUACCUGAA